CCUCUCUGAUCCGGGGUAACCGCGCCAACUGUGCCCUGUUCUCCACCAACCUGGACUGGCUGGUCAGCAAACUCGACCGACUCGAGGCCUCCUCGGGUAUCCUGGAGGUUCUGUACUGUGUCCUGAUCGAGAGCCCCGAGGUUCUGAACAUCAUCCAGGAGAACCACAUCAAAUCCAUCAUCUCCCUGCUCGACAAGCACGGACGCAACCACAAGGUGCUGGACGUUCUGUGCUCCCUGUGCGUGUGCAACGCCGUCGCCGUCCGCUCCAACCAGAACCUGAUCACGGAGAACCUGCUGCCCCGGCGGGACCUGCUGCUGCAGACGGCCAUGGUCAACCACGUCACCAGCAUCCGUCCCAACCUGUUUGUGGGGACGGCUCCGGGCUCGACCCAGUUCCGCUGUUGGUACUUUGAGGUGUCCGUGGAGAGGGUCCAACCCUUUGUGACCCCCCAACCCACCCACCUUCGUGUGGGGUGGGGGGCUGCGGGCUCCUUCCGCCCCGCCCCGGGGGGGGGCUCGGGCUGGGGGGGCAACGGGGCCGGCGACGACCUCAACUCCUUCGCCUUCGACGGCCUCCACCUCUGGACAGGGGGGGUCCCCAAGGCCGUGGGGUCCCCCCACCGUCGUGCCCUGUCUGGGGGGGACGUGGUGAGCUGCUGCCUGGAUUUGGGGGUCCCUCCGUCCCCCUGA